AUUUAUGUAUUUCAAGGAUAAGUAUAUUUAAUAAGAAGUGAUUUUUGCUGACCCAUCAGUUUACAACCAAACAAAACAAAGUUAGAUGGAGAAGCUAGUUUAAUAAUAAUAUUGUCACGCGCGGCUGCGAACCCAUGCUGGCCAUUGUAUAUUAUUAGAAGUUUUUUUUUGAUAAUUUUGGGGUCCAUGGUCGGAGUCAACAAAAAAAGCUACCUGCCCCGAGCGUCGCAGGGGCUGCUUCGCUUGGGUCUCGUUUGUACACAAAGCUAACAGCUGUGCCGCAAGCAUCAUCAGUUGUUUGGUGUGUCGCGUUCAUAGCAAGUUCUUUGUUUGUAACUGUGAAUUUAACUCAAAAGUUAUUUAAUUAACUUUUGUAUGAUCUCGAUCAACAACGUGUCUUUGGUACGUGCAUACGCGAAACGGUGAAACGGAACCUUUGUGAAUUUUGACGUUUGUUUGCUUCUCUCUCAAUCGGUCGCCUACAGUGAUGGAGUUCACUGAAAUUCGCACAAACGAGGUGGAACCCAUAAGAAUAGAUUUGUACGCCGAUGAUCGGAGCCGCACUCCAAGCCCAGCGCCCGUUCUUACUUCCAAUGUAUGUUGCGAUCUGGAAGACUUAAUAUCUGAGGCAAUCUCAGAAUCUUUAAGUAGCUCUCUUCGCAUAAGUCGGAGUCAACUUAUUAACCAGGAGCUUACAAUCAGACCAGAGGCAAAUAUUGAGUCAAACGUUCCAGACGGCUUGGAUCUUUUCAACAUCAUUUUUGAGGUUGAGAGUGACUCGGAAGCUAGGAUGGGCGAUAUUGAUGAUGCUGCUCUCCUAAACAACCCAACUAAGGAACAGGACUCCUGCCGCCUGGUCGGCGGAUCCAAGUUCUACGAGGUGAUGGACGGCUCUGCGUCGGCGGACGCGUCCACUCCCUCGCCUACCGAGAAGCACGACCACAUGAAGCCGAUCGAGAGCGAUGACGAAGGUAUACGCAUAUUGUCAGAUGUGGACCAAGAGUGCACGGUGUUUAGCGGUGUCAGCUACCUCGGCGCUCAAAACAUCUCCGACCCCAAGUCUGAGAGUGACAUUCAGCGUAUUAUGAAGGAGCUCAGCUCUAUGCCCGAGAGCCGGGACGGCAUCGCCGUGUCGAUAUCGAUACCCGUCUGCUCGCAGGGACUUGUGGUCCUCUACCAAGCAGACUCCAACAGCGUGAUGACCCGCUACGCCGUGAACCGCAUAUCGUUCUACGCACGCGGCGCGACCGGCUCGCCCGUCGCCUCUUGCUUCGCCUUCACCUGGUCUCACGGCGAGACCAAGGAGUCUGCCGUCUAUCGCUGCCAUGUGUUCCGUUGCCACAUCGCUGAGGCCGUCAACCAGGUGUCAAGUUGCUUCGCCAAAGCGUUCGAGCGUAUCCCUCGUUCGAUGGCUUCGUCUCUGGUCGGCGAGCUGAGCGCGGCUCCGUCUAUGACCGGCUCGCUUACCGAAGCCCUGGGGGCUCCAGCGCCGCCGAUGCAGCUGAUGCAUGUACUAGAGUGCACUGUGGACAUCAAGGAGACUGACGCUAAGGUAUACAGUUGGGAGAAGGUUGUGACAGAGCUUCGCAAUGACGUCACGCGAGCGAAACGGCGUUACGACUACGAGCGACAGAAAGAGAAGCGAAAUAAUGACAAGGAGCAAGCGCUCCGGGCAGAUUAUAAGCAGAAACGGUCCAUGCUCCGUAAAGUCUCCACUUUUACAUAUAGGGACUAUGUCAUGAAAAAGCAGGGCACAUUUAGUCACGUGCCGAAAGAGAAGCUCGGAUUCAAACUGCGCGGGGGCAUAGACAAACAAGUGACAAUCAACGUGCGCCAGGUCACGAACAACGUGCAGCCAGAAUCUGAUGAUCCGCAGUCUUGCACGGGCGGUCUGUACAUUGAACGAUGCUUUGGGAUAUUGCUUGCUCCCGGGCGCAGCGUGAAGCAUGCAGAUAUGAGGCUGCUCGAGAUGGUGAGCGGCUCAGCCGGCGGAUAUACUUGCUCGGUGUGCGCCCUAUGGAACGCGGGCGAGUCCGCCCUAGCGGCUUUCAACGUGGCCAGCGGAGACGGAGCCCCUGCCUACAUGUCCCUGGCUCUCGACCUGGUCAUUAACUACAUCCCUGAACCGCUACGAUUGGUCAUCGAAACGCCAGUAAAGGUGUUCCCGCCCACAGAGAGGUUCUGGUACUACUCUAAGAAACCACUCGUGCAAGAGUUCUACAUAAACUUGAAAGAGGUUGUAACCGCCUCCGGCGAACUGAAUUACGAAGUGAUAAACGUGGAUACCUCGGGGGAGUUAGACCGAUCUCGCCUGAACUUGCCGCUGUCUCUGUCUAGCCUGCUGCCGUCGCCGCUGUCGGCCGCGCCCGCGCCCCCCUCCCCUUCCGAGCCCGACUCAGAUGGUGACGAACCUCUCCUCAGCGGCACGGGCGAGGUAUCGAAGGACUGCGGCGAGGACGUUCUGGUCAAUUGGGCUCAAGUUCUAAGAAGCUGGACGGGUCCGCGGCCGCGCGCCCUAAACCACUUAGUCCGCGUGGGCGUGCCCGAAGCGCUGCGCGGAGAAGUGUGGCUGCGGCUGGCCGGCGUCGACCAGAACGACAAGCUCAUGGAGACGUACAGGACGCUUAUUAGCAAGGACUGCCCAUUCGAAGCGGUGAUCCAGCGGGACAUCGCUCGCACGUUCCCUGCGCACGACUUCUUCCGCGAGGCCGGCGGGCUGGGCCAGGACUCGCUGCUUCGCAUGGCGCGCGCCUACGCCGUGCACGACCACGAGGUCGGCUAUUGCCAGGGCCUCAGCUUCUUGGCUGCUACGCUGCUGCUACAUAUGCCUGAAGAGCAAGCUUUCUGCUUACUAGUACGUCUCAUGUACGGUUACGGACUCCGUGAACUGUACAAGGACGGCUUCGAAGCCCUUUAUAUGAGGCUACACCAGCUUGAUAGACUUAUGGAGGAACAACUGCCCGAUCUACGCGCUCACUUCCAAGAGUUGGGCGUGGAACCACACAUGUUUGCGUCGCAAUGGUUCCUCACGGUGUUCACAGCGAGAUUCCCUUUGCCUUUGGUAUAUCACAUCCUGGAUGUGUUCUUGCUGCAAGGAAUAGACACGCUGUUCCAAGUGGCGUUGGCUCUUCUGUCACGCUCGCGCAAGGACUUGUUGACACACGACUUUGAGGGUGUUCUCAAAUAUUUUAGAGUGACACUACCAAAGAAGUGUCGCGCAGAAGAAUCAUCGCGACAGAUCAUAAAACUUGCGUGUAGCAUUAAAGUGAAACGACUUGCUAAAUAUCAGCAAGAAUACGAAAAAUUUGUCAAGGAGACUACCGAGAAAGAAAAGAUAAAUGUGGAAUUAGAGAGGCUCAAAAUGAUAAACACACAGCUACAGCAGGACAAAGAGGGGUUGGAAACCCAGUUGAAUGAGGCUCGUGGCUCGUUGGUGGAAGCCAAAAAAGAUACAGCACACUACGCGGCCGUUGCUCACGACUACCGCGAGAUAUGCGCCCGUUUAGACAAACAGCUGCAUCAGGUCCAGGACUACGUAAAGGAUUGUGUAAAUUGUAGCGUCAAAUUUGCACAGAAGGAUAAGGAUAAUAAAGACGAAUCUGAAGAGAAAGCUGAAGAUAAGGAAGGUUCAAGCGACGCAGAGGCUAGACUCAGGCAGCGCGUGAGGGAUCUCGAGCUGGAGUUGGCGCAGGUCAAACUGGCGCAUGUGCAAGCGCAAUGUAGCAACCAAGAAUUGAGCCACCAACUGAACGCAGCCCUCAACGAGCUGCAAGCUUUGAUGAAUCAAAAGCAGUCCGUAGCGCCAUGGCUCGUGCGCACUCUAGGUUCUAUCAUGGAAGCGGCACAAAAUCGGCCAUCAUUCCAAACGUACCUGCCAAAUAUGAAUCAAGAAACGAGCUCGUUGCACAGACAAGGAUCCUUCUCCAAUUCUCACAGCAGUCAAAGUACCAGCCAGCCCAGUCUAGACAGACGUGUGUCCGAGCCAUACAGCCCAGACGUCGUCCGCAGGAAGAAAGACCUCAACGCCAAACGGCAUUCAAUGCUCGUAGACUCAAACGUCACCAAAGAGGCGAAGGAACUGAACCGGCGGAGCCAUGACGCCACCGUCGUCAAAAACCUCUCGAUGGGUUGACCCCACGAUACUCAUUCGGUUAGUCUAUAUCCAUUUUCAAGUCGUAUGCCCACUCUUUCUGUAACGUAGAAUGCGAACGAGACAGACUAAACCUUAAGAAUUAUUUUCGUGUUCGCAAAUUAUUUUUAAAUUUUAUUGAUAUUAUUUUGGUGUGUAUUGUGAGAAUUUUUACUUUGUCUGUAAUUUGUCGGUAUGAUAAAAAGUAAUCUGCAUUUAUAGUCGAACAGUAUUUUCCGCUGACAUCUUAUGAUAUUUAUGUCCAAAAGUGAAAACAACACUAGUCAUCAUAUUUUAUAAUGAACAGAAAAAUAUUUGCAAAAUGAUGUUAUUGGAUAAAAGUUCAAAUAUUAUCACAUAUUAUUGGAAAUAUAAAAAAUAUCUAAUAGAUUGUUUUAUAUUCAUCGAGCUAUGGCUCUUGAUCUCACUUUAGUUCAUGGGAUCUAUAAUGAGCCUGCUCAGUGAGAGACAGUUCAGAAAAAUAUUUCUAUACUUGUCCCAAUCAUGUAACUGAUUUCAAUUUGAAUUACAAUUGGUAGGUAUAUUCUGAUGUUCCCAUGACUAAUAUUUACUGUGAAAGAAAUAUACAAGCUCUAUAUUUAUUGGAACAUUGACCACACUGUUCUAUUAUAGAAAUCUAUAUAAAAGAGUUAGGGAUGUAAUGAUUAAAUUGUCUUUUUUCAUUUUGUUAAAAUUCUGUAUGAGGAAUUUUAAUAUUACGACUGCUCUACUUCCAUGAUAUUCAUCAUUAUAAAACGUCUUCAACAUAAUUCCUACAUAAUUAUUAUCACUGUGUUUUUGAUUGUAAUGAUUUAAUUCCCUUCAUUAAGUAGUGAGAAAAGUCACCAAACAUGUAAUGUAAGUGCACUGGAUGUUGAUCACGCAUUUCAUCACCAUAAUCAUUUUGCAAAAAAAUAUUUGAUUAAAUUAUUCUAUAAUUUAUCAAUUUUGUAGUAGUAUAACUAGAAAAAUAUCAUUACUAAACGAAUGAUAAAGUGUGUUUGUUCACUAUGAUGUGUGAUGAAAUGUGGCGAAUUGUUUGGAUGUAGAGGCGAUGACACAUCGAAGUAAACUGUAGCACUGUAAUAAGUGCGAUUUUUCAACAAAAAUAUGUCUUAUGUGUCGUCGACUGUACCACAGAGUGAGUGCCUUUGUGUUGAAACAGACUGAGAUGUGAUGCUUGAUUUAUUUAGAUAUAUUUAUUUCACAGUAUUUUUCAAUUUUAUUUACACAUUUAUGAAUAUUAUUUUAUAUAGUUUUCUCUUAUCCGUUUAGUAACUAGAAGUACGUGGGUUGACCGUCAUGAGAAGUCGUAUUAUUACAGCAUUACCUUAUUUUAUGGACAACCUUCGUAUCUAUUUAGUAACGGCCUUUAUUGAUUAUUUUAUAUAAUUUUCAAAAUUAAUGGAUCGGAAACAAACGCAAUUAUGAGUAAUCGAGUAGAUUUCUCUUAUUUUAAGGCUGCGAAAUCCUGUAACCACGUUAAAAUUGUUUUCGAAGGUGAAGGCGUUAAAAAUAUGAUUGUGAAAAUCUGGGACCUAAUCUAAAGAGUUUAUAUGAUUCUGUAUAUUUUCACUUAAGGAGGUUUAUGAUUAAAAUCGCAACGCAUUACAUUUUUAAUAAACAAACGUAUCAUUCUCAACAAGCAACUCCAAUGUAAAAUAAAAAAACCAAGCGUUGAUACAAAUAGGACAGUUGUAUUACCAGACAUAAAAACUGUUCUUCGGUGUUGCUACUAAUUUAAAUUUUAAAUGCA